AUGGUUAGCAAAACCAGAGAAGUCGGCAGAAUGACGAAGGACAUCCAAAGCAGAAUCCUGCUAACAAUUAUGGGAAUCGUUUCAGCUCCUCAUGGUCAAGACAGAACAAGUUUGAUCGAGGUAAGCCCAUCAAGCCACCGACAUGUUACUUUUCCAGAAAAGCUAGUCGGCUGCUUUCUAGCUACCCGGAAAAGUGGAGAGUGGUGCCUAAGCGUGAUGGUCUUCUCGCUAAGACAUUGUCUAAGAGAGAAGACUCAAGCAAGUGCUGUGAGUGAAGUCAGUGGCCCCUGAAAAUCUGUCAUGGAUCUUUUUCAGCCCUUCACCCACGAUGGUUCGGUGUCAUUGUCAACUGAUACGUCCAACUCCAUAUCAAGCAAGAUCUUGUCAGGCACUGAAGCCUGACAGUCUCUAUUGCUGAGUGACACUUUUUUUUUUUUCUGAGAAGUUGUCCACUUGUGCGAGUGUUCUAAUAAGAGGAAUCAGUUCCAAGUAUACCCGGUGCCACCGUAUACAGUAUACACCAGUAUACAUUAGUAGUUGUCAAUGCUAUUGUCACCGACAAUCGUUGUUAAGAAAAGUCUCCAGAGCCAGUAGAGAGGACAAUUCUCCGUCUGUACCCAUAAUGUAUCGUGACGCGAGACAUUAGUAAGAGGUUAGAAACCAGAGACAAAAGAGGUAAGCCAUCAGCCAGGUCCUUACGGGUGAGCAACCGAAUCCCUCUUUCUCUCAGCCAGUAUAAGUACUUUCUGUGAAGGUGACACGGCCAUUAGCCAGGUCCUUACGGGCGAGCAACCGAAUCCCUCUUUCUCUCAGCCAGUAUAAGUACUUUCUGAGAAAAGUUCAAUGGAACAGGUCGAAAAGAUCUCAACUUCUCAACUCAUUGCAGAACAACACGGAGACCCGGAAGUCUUACCUAUAUUUUCAAGAAGUGUUAGUGAAAGCGAAGUAUCUCAGAACCCCACCUGUUACUUUAUGAAGAAUGGAGUGUCAAUGAAAAUGUGGAGACCACCCGAUGUCCCCACAGAAGAAGAGUGGGUUGUCCAGUACCAGAUGAUUGUCCCAAAGACCUAA